CAUGAGAGAGUCAUUUCCGGUAAACAUCAUGUUUGGGACACAACCAUUGUGCUAAAUCCAUAACCACAGUUUUUAGAAAAAAAUCAUGCAUCAACAAGGAGACGAAAAAGAUAACUUAACAAGAACCGGAUUUGCUGUAUUAGAUGAGGUGCAGGAUGCUGUGCGAACAGUGGUUGAUGCCAAUAUUUCAAACUCGUUAGAAGAUAUAUUCAACAAACAUCAACAUAAGAAUUACCACUAUUUUUCAAAAGAAUGCCAUUUUAAAUGUGACAACAAAAGUCCACUUUUUAGAAAUAGACCUAUUCUCACUAGACCUCAAAUGGAAAUUGUGUAUAACAGAUCAACAAUACAUCAACAAAAAAAUCUCAGUUUUUGCUGCUCAACUGCCGUUCCGGGAAUUGAAUUAACGAAGUUCGACUUGUCGUUUUUAAAUGCUUUCUUAAAUAUUUUUCCUGAUAUCAUUUAUUGGCCAAGUUGCCUUUCCAAUAAAAGCAAGUCCUUGCAAGAUUUAUUAAAUGAUAACAAGCAUAAUCUGUAUCAUUUAUAUGACAAAAAACCUUGCUGUUACUGUUCACCAGGCAAUCAACUGAGUACCGAUGACUUUAAAAUCAGCAGACAGCAAUUUGAGAAUUUAUUUGAUAAGCAAGGAUCAGUUUCUUGUAUAAACAUAGGCUCUCUUGGUCAUUGCAUUUGUCUUUUUUCGGCGAACAACUUAAUUAAGGAGUCACUAGAUGAUUGGUUGACUUAUAUGAUUCUCCGAAGCUGUUGUCCGUUGAAACAAAGCAUAGAGGCAUUGGUGGAACUCCGAAAUAAAGUUCGUGGUCAUGCUUGUAAUAGUAAGAUGUCAAAUGAGGAAUUCAAGAACAAUUGGAGCAUUAUUGAGGAAAAGGUUCCGGAAUUGUUAAAGCAUGGAAUAUCUGACCAAAAGAAGAGAGACGAAGCUAUUCAAGAAUUUUCCAAAAGGCUGAAAGACUUGAAGCACAGACCAUUAACUGAGGAAUCGCAGAGAAAUAUAUUGCAAAAACUACUUGAACAAAACGAAAUGAAGCAGGAUAUGAAAGAGCUCGCAGCAAACGUUCAAGCUGGGUUUGAAAAGUUUGGAAAAACGUUGGAUGAACUCACAGAAAAAAUAGAUUCGCAAUGUACAACGAAAACCCAGAAAAUUAAAGGAUCAAGACAACAAGACCAAAUAGAUGAAACAUUUCCUAAAGAAGCAAUCAAUGAAAGUCUUGACCAAACUAUAGUUACAGACUUAGAUGUUGACGCAGAACCGUAUAUAACAGACAACGAAACUUUGGGUCAAGGUGCUAUUGGAAGCGAUGAGGAAUCCAUUGGAAUUGGAAAACAGUCUGAUAAUCUUACUGGUACUACAAGAUCUGAAGACAAACAAGGUGUAUAUAAAUACGAUGUUCUGAUACUGCACUCACAAUAUGACGAAGGGCAUAUAGAUGAAAUGAAGAGAAUAAUUUUAGAAAGAGUGGAUCUGCCUGACGUAAAGAUUGCUUCUACAGAGGAUGAUAUACCUGCUGGAGCAAAUUUAUUUGCAGCGUUCAAUGAGUUGAUGGACGUAAGCCGUUCGUUGUUGCUUUUCAUCACUCCAUAUUUUUAUGACGAUUGUUUGAGCAGAUUUAGAAUGCAUACUCAAUUAGUCCGUCAUUAUGAAGACGGGGAUUGCGUUAUCCCUGUGCUGUUUGGAGAGAGUAAAAUAAGAAAAGAAUUGAGAGAAAUUGGACACCUUAAGCCAGUUAUAUUUUUUAAAGAAGAAGAUGGCGAUAAAUGUAAAGCGUUUAUCAAAACCAUUACUACAACACUACAACACUGUAGAGACUAUAGGUAAUAAAGUAGGGAAGAAUUACAUAAUAUAAAGAAAUCAAUGCUGUUCAAAAACACAUAGGGUAUGUCGCAGCUGAUUCUUCUUUCAGAACUUCUUCCUUUGUUGCUGGAUAAUUCGGAUACCUUCUGGACAGAUAACUGCGUUUUAUUAUAACCAAUGGUAACCACUAAUUAGUGAAGUGUUAGAAAAAAACUCUGGCCAUGUGUAAAAAUGGCAAAUACAUUCGAUCUGCAACUAUAUGAUAAAGUAAUUGGUCAUAAGCAUUAUCUCCUUAGUAUUUAAUAGAUACUUUUAAUUGUAUAUUUAUGUGGAUUUAUACAUUCUGCCAUUAUGUUAUUGUACUAUGGUCAUUUUUGAAUUCUUGUCUUUCAUUUUUGCUUAUGUUAACUUUGUCUAUAGAGUGUCUAAUUGCCAUUUUGUUCUUCUUUGUUGAAAUAGUUAUUUGUUUUAUAGUGAUUACGUUUAUAACACAAUGUUGACUGCUGUACCCCAAUUUUGACAUUUUUACGUAUUAUGUCUGUUUGUUUUGCUCACACAUUGUUGUCAAUAUAAUGGAAUUCUAUACGACUGUCAUACAAGUAAGAGGUUUAGCUAGUUAUAAAACCUGGUUUAAUACACCAUUUCCUAUAUAAGAAUUCCUGUAUCAAGUCAGGAAUAUGACAGUUGUUUUCCAUUCGUUUGAUACGUUUGAAAUUUUGAUUUUGCCAUUUGAUAAAGAACUUUCCGUUUUGAAUUUUCCUUGGAGUUCGGUAUUUUUGUUAUUUUACUUUCUAAUAAUUUUCGUAUUUACUUUUAUGAAUUUCAUGUUUACAUCCUGGUUAACUUUAAGGAUGAUGUCAUGUAUUUUCCGAAUAAUCAUAUGUAUCGUCGUUAAAAACUUAGAGCUUUUUCAUUGAUCUCGGAACAAAAAACAUGAUUCUGUUAACGAUGCUAUAAGUCAACUUUUAUGCAAGAAAACGUUUGUAAUCUAUAUCUGAUUAUUAAUUACAUUACUACUACUACUGGAAAUGUUUCUUUGAAUCAAAAGUUAAUUCAGGUAAAUAUGCCGGAGAAAUAUACCAAUUUAUACUUAAAAUCCGUUCGUAUGUUACUGUAUUGCAACAACUUUUGGAAUUAUUUUACGGAAUAUUUGAUUUCGUGGCUUUGACAAAUUAUGCAAAAAAAUCAUAUUGAAUUUGUAAUUGUUGAGCACUUUCAAUUCGUAGUUUAUCCAUUCACACGAAAUACAUGAAGAUUAGUGCCACCCAAAUAAUGAUAAAUCUAAAUGUUAUAUAAGUUUUCGUCAUUAAUUUUAUAAAAUGUGUGUGCCAGAAUGAAAAAUGCAAGGUAUUUUGACAAAUUUUCAUCAGAAAUUGAGAGGACAUUUUAGGUAAGUGAGAAUAAGUAUGAAGUUUAUCAACAUUAAUUUUAGCAAUUAAUUAAAGGAUAAAAGUAUA